AUGUCGCUCAAGCAACCCGCCCACGUGCUGGAAGGCUCGUACGAGCUCAAAGAUCGCUCGAAGGCGCCACUCGAUACGCUCGACUAUAAUCCUCCAAGGUACGAUGAGGAAUCGGGGACACGAAGGCGGCGACCAGAGCAAGGAGGCGUCGUGGGGAUGGCCAAGAGGACAAUGGAUAUCUUGGUGGAGCAUGGUGUGGAAGAGCGAGGCAUUGAGCCAAGACCUGAACAUGAUCGAGACGAGCUCAAUAUCUGGUCGUAUCUCCCCCAAAGCACGCUCUGGGCUGCAUGGAAUACCAACAUUCUCUCCUUCUCGGAAGGUGUGAUCGGGCCUUCUCUGUUUGGCCUGGAUUGGAAGACAUGUGUCUUCUGCAUCGUCUUCUUUACGGCUGGAUCGGCGCUGUCGGUGGCGUAUUGCGGCACCAAUGGUCCCAAGACGGGUAUGAGGCAGAUGGUUCAGGCGAGAUACGGCUUGGGCUAUGGCCUGGCGCUGGUCUUUGGCUUGCUAAACUGCGCGACCAUGAUCGGGUUCAUGGCUCUGACCGCUAUCCUCGCCGGACAGUGCUUAUCCCUCGCAUCAAGCUCCAACAUGAGCGUCGAUGUAGGAAUCGUCAUUGCCGCUUUGAUUGCGCUUAUCCUCUCAUUCGUGGGGCUGAAAGCGCUGCACAUUGUCUCUCUCACCUCAUUUCCCAUCAUGAUCAUCGUCUUUAUCGCCCUCGCCGGUGUCGUCGGCGACAAGUUCCACUAUGUCACUGCCGAAGCUGCAAUGGCUGCUACUGGCGUGACCACCAGCGGGGUUCUAGGGUACGCAGCGAGUCAGAUCGGUUUCACCAUCAGCUAUACCUCUCUCGCCAGUGACUUUACCACCAACCUCCCCGCCCAUACUCCCCGCUGGAAACUCUUCCUCUUCCUCUACAUUGGCCUCUUCACCCCCAUGGUCCUCGUCCAGCUCCUCGGCGCCGCCUGCCAGCUCGCAGCAUACUCCAUCCCCGAAUGGUCCUCCGCCUCCUCCCUCGGCGUGCCCAACCUCAUCUUCGCCAUCAUGGGCAAUGGCAACGGCGGAUCGCGCUUCGUCAUGAUCCUCUUCUGCCUCAGCGUUGUCGCCAACACUGCGCCCACGAUCUAUAGCGCGGGGUUGAGCGGCCAAGUCGCCAUCCCCUGGCUUUUCCGCGUCCCGCGCUACUUUCUGGCAUUGGUCGUCUCGGCGAUAUACCUCCCCAUCGCUAUCGUCGGCGCCUCCAAAUUCUACACCGCGCUCGAAAACUUUACUUCCGUCCUCUCCUACUGGACGGCGCUCUACGUGCCCCCCACCCUGCUCGAGCCGCUCCUCUUCAGGACGCCAGUGAGCAGGGUGACGUAUCCGGUGGAGAUUUGGGAUAAAGUGGGGAGGCUGCCGAUCGGGAUAGCGGCGUUUGUGGCGGCGGCUUGUGGGAUUCCCUUGGUAGCUGCUGGGAUGGCACAGACGUGGUGGACUGGGUGGCUUGCCAGGAAGAUUGAGGGAACUGGUGAUAUUGCGUUCGAGAUCGGUUUCGUCGUGGUCGGGCUCAUAUACAUCCCUGCUCGUUACCUCGAAAAGAAGUAUACCGGCAGAUAA